AACCUCUCCACUUCCAUAACAACACACAAAUCCAAAAAUCUUUUAGUUAAUCAAACCAAAAAAAAAUAUAUAUGGCUGGAGCUGAAGCUACUAAAUAUGCUUCUGUUACAAACAACAUAACCAAAUCAAAAAAACCAAACAUGAGAAGAUUCAUUGGUGUUAGACAAAGACCAUCAGGUAGAUGGGUGGCUGAGAUCAAAGAUUCAUCUCAACAUGUAAGAUUAUGGCUUGGAACCUAUGAUACACCAGAAGAAGCAGCUCGAGCUUAUGAUGAAGCGGCUCGAGCUUUACGCGGAGAGAAUGCUCGAACCAACUUCUCCGUGGCAACAUCAAUAGACAAUACUACACCAUGUAGUGAUGAUCAAGGAAUAAUAACAUCAUCAAUAUCAAAUGAAGGAAAAAAUAACAGUUUAACUUUUGCUUCAUUGAAAGCAAAAUUAAGCAAGAAUCUUCAAAGUAUUAUGGCAAGAACAAGUGAUCAUAGCAAUAACAAAUUUUCAAAGAGUAGAGUGAGUGAUCAUUUUACUUUUGCUAGCAUAUUCAACCGUAGGAACAAUUAUAAUCAAAUCUCUGCUUUAGAUAUGAAAAGCAUUGAAAAAGUGGUGCAGCCUAGUAUCAUUGUUCCUUCUAUUGAACCUUCUAGUGUUUCUGAUUGUAGUUCUGAAUGGUUUGGAUCAUUUCAGAAUCAUGGAUUAGAUUCUGAUGGAUCUGAUAUAGUUGAGAACAAUAAUGUUAAUGUUAGUGUUGGUGAUCAAGGUUUUUUGGAUCAACUUAUGGGGUGGAUUGAUGAUGAUACUUCUGAUAUUUGUGAAGGUUCAAGUAGUAAAAGGUUUAAGGUAUCUUCAUCUGUUCUUGUGCCACCAACUUUCUCUAGUUCUCCUUAUGAUUGUGGUUCACCUUAUAGUGGUUAUGCUUCUCCUUAUAAUAGUUGUGGUUCCCCUUGUAAUGGUUAUGCCUCGCCUUAUUAUGGUAGCAAGAAGUAAAAUUUGAACGAACGUGUUCAUGUUUGGAUUAACGACAAGUCAGACAAAAUCACGAUGGAUCAUUGCAGUUCUGACAAAAACUGUACUUUGGAAUUUCAAAAAAUUACGGUGUCACUGUGCAAUCCAAAUAUGUUGGCUUUUGAUUGAUGCCUUUCAAAAAAUUGUUAUGAGCAUCUUUUGAAAAAAGUUAAUUAAGAGCAUAAGCUCUAUGUUAUAUGAUGAAGAGUUGAAGACUAUGUUCUUAUUAUAGCUUGUUUAUGUACAUAUAGAACAAAAACUUUUGGUUUUAUAUGACAAGUGUUUUAAUUUAAUCAUGCCAAAGGGUAUGAAAUUAAUGAUAUAUAUGAAAGUUUGUCUACAAAAUGAACUCUCUUUCAACUUUUUUUUUUUUUAAAGUACUGUCUUAAUUUGAUGUAACAAUUAUAGAAGUCCAAGUUAAUUUGAGUAAGUGC